AUGUCUAGUAUGUCAACAGCCUUCUUUGAAUGUCCAUCCUGUUUCAGGUCUGGAAUAGGAAAGAGAUCAUUGCGAAAAGGAGAAAACAAAAACAAGAUUUACUAACAGUGUUGAAGCCGACUUUAAUGCAGUUGCAACUGAGUUUUGCAAGUUCUACUACAACCAAUUCGACACCGAUAGAUCACAGUUGGGUAAUUUGUACAGGUCCGAGUCCAUGUUAACGUUUGAGACGUCUCAAUUGCAAGGUGCUAGAGAUAUCGUGGAGAAAUUGGCUUCGUUACCUUUUCAAAAAGUUGCUCAUAGAAUUUCAACUUUGGACGCACAACCCGCCUCGCCUAAUGGAGAUAUCUUGGUUAUGGUUACUGGUGAGUUGCUCAUUGACGAGGAACAGAAUGCCCAACGUUACUCGCAAGUGUUUCACUUGAUUCCCGAAGGUUCUUCUUACUACGUGUUUAAUGAUAUCUUUAGAUUGAACUAUUCUUGA